CUCGCUCUUGACACAGCCACAACAUGAGUGCCUGCCAAGCUGCCGCAGAGCCCGCCCGGCUCGGGGAGGAUUAAUUGGCUGCCAGUCCCGGAUUUGGGGGGGACCUUAAAAGGACCACGCCGAGAAGCAGAGGAGGGAGUUUGGGGGCCCACGAGGAGACUUCCAGCGCGUCCCCAAGCCAGCGCAAACCUCCCCAGAACUCCAGUGGAGGCGCCCGAAGGCGUCCAGCAGCAGCAGCAGCAGCAGCAAGAUUUUAAUAUUGGCUGAUCCUGGCCAAGCACAAAGGAUCCUGAUGGGGGACUCAGGAUCAAGGCGGUCAAUCAUUGUGUCCCGGUUGCCAAUAUUCAGGAGAAGUAUUAGCCGCAGACAUGAUUCCCUUCCAUCAUCACCCACUUCCAACAGUACUGUUGGUGUUCACAGCUCUUCUCCCUCCAGCACCAACUCUAGCUCAGGUAGUACAGGCAAACGCCGGAGCCUCUUCCGCACACCUUCCAUUAGCUUUCAUCACAAGAAAGGGAAUGAACAGAAAGCUGAAUCUCUAAGCCAAAAUGCAGCUGUUUCCAAUGGUGCUCAGUCCGGCCACAACACUUUACAAAAGCUCGGUGUGGAGGAGCACGUGAAAACCAGAGGGAGGCAUUCGGUAGGCUUCGGAAGUUCUCGAAGCAAGAGAAUCACAAGGUCUGUGACGGAGGACUUUGAAAAGGGCAGGGAGUCUUCAGCCAAUAAGAACGUCUUUAUCAAUUGCAUACGGUCUGGGAAGAAUGAAGGUGAUGAUUCUGGCUUUACAGAGGAGCAAAGUAGAUCUUCACUCAAACAUUCCUCCAGGAAACUUCUCCCCAAAUCCUUCUCAACACACUACAGGUUUUCCAAGCCAGUCCCUCAAAGCCAGUCAGUUUCUUGCGUGCAACCAUCUUCUUGCCUGCUGGAUAUUAAACCCAGUGUUGAAAGUGAAGCCGUGUUGUCCAGGUCCUCCCUGUCACAUUCUCCUGAGGUUGUUGAAUGUGCGGGCAGUUCUUUGCAGUCGCCAAUGCUUUCUGCUGACGUGACCAUGGUCCAAACACCUUCUGAGUUUCUAGCACUGACUGAAGACUCCGUCUCGGAGUUUGAUGGGCUGCCCCACUGUGGGAAUUUGCACCCGGAAACCUUUGCCCACGAUGUUACUACCUCUCAAAUCUUCCUCAGUCCUGUUGCUGCUGCUCCCAUCUCAAGGACAUCAGAUUAUGUUGAAAGUGUUUCACAUUGCGCUGUUAUAAAAACUGAAAGCCACAGAGUGGAGGACUGGCUACUCUUUGAAGCUAGUGCUGCAUCGAAAGCCCUUGAUGCUAAUCAAAACCAUGCAAAAGUAUUAUUGAAGGAACUUCCUGCCGAACAUACCAGCCACCCAGAAGGAAUAAGCUCAGGAGAUGAAGCACAAUUAAAACCCUUUGUCUUAAACCAGGGAGAAAUCACGGAACGUUCUCCGAAAGCACAGGGAUCGCACAGGGACCAGCAAUCUGUUAGAGCGCCUAAACACGUCAGAGAAGCAAUCCCCGGACCCGAGUCUAAGAUCAUCCCUUCAUCUUCUGAGCCUCAGUCUUUUCAAACUCAGCAGGGAUAUGAAAUAAAUCACACAAAGGUGAAUCUUGCCAGUAGCUUCAGCCCUUAUCGAGAAGGGAGAUUCAUAGAGAAACGUCUGAGAUCUUCCUCUGAAGGUACUGCUGGAAGUAGCCGGAUGAUCUUAAAACCAAAGGAUGGAAACCCAGAAGAACUAAACAGUUUGCGGAAGCAAAGGGCAGGUUCCUCUUCAUCGAAAAUGAACAGCAUGGACGUUUUGAAUAACUUGGGCUCCUGCGACCUGGACGAGGAUGACCUCAUGCUUGACUUGGAAUUCCUCGAAGAGCAGCACCAUUGUCGUUCUGUUUGCCGGGAAGAUUCACACCAGUCUAUCGUCUCUUGUGCUGCAGUGCUGCUUGGGCCCAUUGAACCAGCCGCUGAAGGGAGGAAGAAGGAACAGCCAAAAAUGCCUGAAGUGACCAAACCGAAUCUUUCACUCAAACUAUCGAAGGAUGUGGAUCGAGGAGAAGCCAGGUGCCCUCGUGUUAGUCAGCUGGCCAGCAGCCCAUCUGUGGAGUGGCCUUUUGCAACAGUGGAAGAAGGUGGAGGGAUGGAGGCGCUGCCUUUCCGGCUGAUGAUGCAGGACUGUACGGCUGUGAAAACGUUGCUACUGAAAAUGAAGAGAGUUCUUCAAGAGAGUGCUGAUAUGAGUCCUGCCAGCAGCACCAAUUCACUUCCUGUUAGCCCACUUACUGAAGAACCAUUGCCCUUCAAGGAUAUAAUGAAAGAUGAAUGCUCAGUGCUGAAGCUGCAACUGAAGGAGAGAGAUGAACUCAUUUCCCAACUCCGUGAAGAACUGGAAAAAGCCCAACAUUUGCAGCGGUCUCUUGCCACCCAAGUAGAUAAAUCCACACAGACUGAACUUGUAGGCCAUGAUGCCCUGUGGAAUUCUUCCUGUACUGAAGGUUCAGUUUACAAACCAAUCAGCAUCUCAUUGGUACCAACAUUAUUUAAUUAAAAAAGAGAGACUUGGAUACAGACCCAUUAGUUUACUGAUUUUGCAUAUACAAAGAAUCUCUUUGCCUCAGGUGUUGAUGAUUUCACCAUAAUUCUAACAUUCCAGGACAAAAGGCCUUAUUCACAUCAAACAAAAGUAUUUCCAUUGCUCUUUACUGCAUUAAACAAAUAUUUUAUUAAAUUAUUGCCAAUAAAUUAUUAUGACAGGAUUUUA